GUUGAGUACCUAUAGCCUUAGGAAUCUCGGUGUUCCGGGUCGUAAAAGUUAUAAUAAACGACACGGACUCCCGAUAACGGAGCGGAAAUCGACUUCGGGUGCUAUUAUUCUCCAUUAAAGGCCCCAUACGACCUUGAACCCGCCUGCCCGCCCGCACCAAGCUGCAUCCAACAAUGGCGUAAAGUUGGCGAUAAGUCGCAACAGUGGAGAAAUGUGUUUGUAGUUUUCGUCUCGGGGUCGUAGUUAGUUGUACGACAUAUUUUCUAAGCCGAGACUAUCCUCUUGAUCCUCUUGGCCCUCUUGACCCUCCUGAUACCUUACCUUGGUAUCUAGAAUAUUUAAGUGCCUUGACAUCUAUAUUCAACACGGUACUAGAGACUAGAGUUUCCUUUAAGCAGAGCAGAUCAGACAAACAGAUACUAAACUAGAGUGAUCGGAAAAAGACAGAAAUAAUCAUGGCGGCAGAGGAGAGUACCGCACACGGGGUAUCCGUGCAAGACGCCGCUAAGCCGGAGCUCGUCGAAGGUGUUGCCCACGAGAAACCCGUCGUUGGUAUAGACGAGACAGAAGCACCGGUGACGGCAACAGCACUGGCUUCUAGGUUCCAACACCUCUCGCUGUCGGCGCAAACCAUCCACGCCGACGAUUUCCUCAACUCGCACCAGUCCGUCGCCCCGCCUAUGCACGUCUCGACUACCUUCCGGUAUAGCGACGACCCGGACGAGCUCAAGCCUUGGACUAAUAUCAACCCCAACAACCCCUACGACUCCCACGUCUACUCCCGCGACACCGCCCCCAACACCACCCGCCUCGAAGCCGUCCUGACAUCCAUCCUCCACGGCCCCGCACUAACCUACUCCUCCGGCCUAUCCGCCUUCCACGCGCUCCUAGUCUUCCUCAACCCGCGCCGCGUCGCCAUCACAGAAGGCUACCACGGCUGCCACGGCGUCAUCAAAGUCCUGUCCAAGCUCACCGGCCUCCAGACCAUACCCCUCGACGCCGACUUCGCCGACCUGCAGCCCGGCGACGUCGUCCACGUCGAGACGCCCCUGAACCCCACCGGCGAGGCCCGCGACCUGCGCUCCUACGCCGACCGGGCCCACGCCAGGGGCUGCCUCCUGUCCGUCGACGCGACGCUCGCCCCGCCCCCGCUGCAGGACCCCUUCGCCCAGGGCGCCGACGUCGUCAUGCACAGCGGCACCAAGUACUUCGGCGGCCACAGCGACAUGCUGUGCGGCGUGCUGGCCGUGCACCCGCGGCACGCGGCGUCGUGGAUCCCGCGGCUGCGCGAGGAGCGCCUCGUCCUCGGGUCCGUCAUGGGCAGCUUCGAGGGCUGGCUCGGCGUCCGCAGCCUGCGCACCCUCGAGCUGCGCGUCCGCAAGCAGAGCGCCGACGCGCAGAAGCUGGUCGCGUGGCUCGCCGGCGAAGUCGACGGAGGAGGCAGCAGUGUGGUGGGCGAGUUCGUCGCACGCGUCAGGCAUGCUAGCCUGCAGCAGAAGGCGGAGUUGGAAACCGGCUGGCUGAGGGAGCAGAUGCCCGGCGGGUUCGGGCCCGUGUUCGCGGUGUACCUGCGGGACGCGGACGCCGCGCGGCGGCUGCCGAGCAAGCUGGCGCUGUUCCACCACGCGACUAGCUUAGGGGGGGUCGAGUCGCUGGUCGAGUGGCGGGCCAUGACGGACGCGGGGGUCGACAAGAGGCUUUUGCGGUUCAGCAUUGGGCUGGAGGGGUUUGAGGACUUGAGGGAUGAUCUGGUGCGAGGGUUUGAGGCGCUGAAGGCGGAGAGGGCGAAGAAGGAUGCUAGUGCUAAGGUUGCUGCUUCCGGCGGUGCGAAUUUGAUUGGGGGAGUGUGAUGAUGAUGAUGAGUACCUAGGGGCUGGAAUUGGGAUCGAGGCGUGGAUGGAUGGAUGGAUAGGCGUGGGAAUAUGGGAGCUUCAUAAGCUCUUGAGGGAAGGGUUAGAUCGUCUACCGCUUCAAACUCUACAACAAUGAACUAUAUAUUGUUUUAGGAGAACAAGAUAUAAAUGUUAGAAAUGUUGGAAGGGGGGGACCCCUGAUAUUAGCAAGACUAACUUCUCAAUAAUAGGUACGAAUUUACGUGGGCUUGCUGACUACUUGUUGACUAGACUUUGGGCGGAAAUAUAGAAUAAGUCGCAGCUCAUAA